AAUUGUGAAUACGAACCCCGGUAAACGUAAGUACCGGAUUAUCAUGGACUCAUAAUAAUAAUGUCACAUUCAACCGGUCCUGCUCAUCGCAGCGUAUCGAACAUUCGCCCAUCCAUUAAUCCUCAAGCUGGUAGUGGCACUCCGUCAACUCCGCAUACCCACCUUCGACAAAUCUCGAAUUCAUUUGGCUCGCCAUCCACUCUGCGCGCAGAGGAAGAGUGUAUAGUUAUUGAGAUCGGAUGUCGAUAUGUGCAAGUCGGCUUCGCAGGCGAUGCAGCACCUAAAGCGGUGACUGAUUUUGGGCCAGAGGAACAGAGGAGAGCGGGGGAUUUUAGAAGAUGGCAGCCGGGAUAUGAUAAAGCUUGGAGAGAGAGGAUACACGGAAAUCAAUGGGGUGAGGCUCAUGAAUUGUGGAAGUUGGAUUUGAGGGAUGUGGAUUUGGGGUUGGUGGGAGAUAAGAUUGAAAGGGCCGUGAGAGAUGCUUAUACAAAGUUUGUAGAGCCUCCUUUCUAGUAUUGGUAUAUACAGGGAACAGUGCUGAUUAUGGUUCUGCAGAUACCUACUUAUUGAUUCAAGGCCGAGAAAAGUGGCUCUGGCUCUCCCGUCUACAUUACCGUUACCGCUUCUUUCUACAAUUUUAGAUACGAUGUUUGCCAAUUUCCAAUCUCCGAAUAUAUCUUUGCAUUCUGCACCAGCACUCACGGCAGUGGCCGCCGGUCUUCGAGCUGCCAUGAUUGUGGAUAUCGGAUGGAGUGAAACUAUCGUGACUGGAAUAUAUGAGUUCCGAGAAGUACUCAGCAACAGGUCUAUAAGGGCGACGAAGUUGUUAGGACAAGAGAUGCGGAAAUUGUUGGCCACCUCUUGUGACCCGAAGAUAUUACAGCAGGAAUCAUCAGACGGCCGGCCAAACGUGGCAUUGGAAGAGUUCAUGAGUUUUGAGGAGUGUGAGGAAAUAGUGAAUCGAAUGGCAUGGUGCAAACCAUCUAUACAUUCCGCAGUGAGAACUACAACUAGAAGCGGUCUUGCGCCCCUAGAUGAAGAAGCCGAAUUACAAGCCAGUAUGCAGUCCCUAAACAUCGUUGCGGACUCGAACCCCGAUGCUAUAGCCACAGUACCACUUAAGUCUACCCUCCCACCACGCACUCUACGCUUCCCAUUUUCCAAACUUGCUCAACCCUGCGAGGAAGCCCUCCUGGCAACCCAUUUACCAGCCUCUGAACUCGAUGAUGAAGAACUUCCGAUCCAUAUUCUCCUUUACCAAGCUCUCCUCCGUCUCCCAGUGGACCUGCGUUCUGUUUGUAUGUCAAGAAUCGUUUUUGUUGGCGGUGGCUCAAACGUCCUUGGAUUGAAAGCGAGGGUUUUAGAUGAAGUAAAUGCGCUCAUCGACCAACAAGGUUGGGAUCCCGUGCGGGGAAAAGCAGUCUCUCAAUACAGAUCCAAUCCUAAACUUACUCGGCCCCGACAAUCUGCGUCUUCACCUACAGAAAUCCCAUCACCCCCUCCAGAGUCACCAUCCUCUCCGACGUCGCCGACCUCGCCGACCACACCACGCCCCCCUGUCCAUAUACCCGCGGGUCGUCGAUCCCCCGAACCUGACUCGAUAGCAGCUACUAUCCAUGCCAAAUCGGGGAGAAACAAUAUCCAGGAGGAACGGGGAACUAUCAGAGCAGUAGAAAGUUUAGGAGCAUGGUGUGGUGCGAGUUUAUUAUCACAGCUGAGAAUCCCGGCUGUGAGUUCUGUCGAUAGAGAGGUCUGGAUGCAGUAUGGUAUGGCUGGGGCAAAUAGGAAUGCAGAAGUUAGUGUUGCUGCAGGAGCGGGAGGGAGGGGUAGUAUGGGGCCAGGAACGUUUAAAAGUGGAGUUGGGGAAAGAGGAAGUUGGACAUUGGGUUUGUGGGGGUCAUAAAUUUAAGGGAAGACGUUAAGUACCAGUAACUAUUAGCGGACUAGUGACGGUUCAAGCAAGUCUCGGAAUAAAUUAACAGUAAAGUUGGCUUGCUCGCUCGCUUCCUUGCUUGCUUACUUGCUUGACAUACAUGCACAAUAUCCAUAUACUCUGAACUCAU